AGCAACAUAAUAUAACGUUUUUAUGACAUUUUGAGCAACAUAAUAUACUAUGACAUUUUUAUGAUUAUUUUUGUAUGAUAUAGUGACAUCUGACAAAAAUAGAAGCCUUGAGUAUCUGAUCCGCAAGGAUCCGGACUGACGGAGCUGCGACACAGUCAAUUCACAACAUAGUGGAGCUAGUGGAAGUAAACACGUAGACUAGAGUGUAAUCUCUUUGCUUUGUCUGCCGUGACAGAUCGGAGCCGGACCAAUCACGGAUCUGGUGGAAUAUGGCCGUAACACUGCAUCCAGCCACGUUUUCACCUGACGCCGUUCAUUGGCAUGUCAUGUGCCCCCCCAAAGGUACCCACAUGCUACCCAUCAUGCACUUUGGCUGGUCUUGUGGCUAAUUGCGCCUCACAGCACCUCCACUGGGUUCCUGCUCUGCCUCCCAACAUCACCCACCUCUACCUGGAGUUUAACUACAUCAGUGAGAUCAACAGCAGCGCGCUCAGAGGCUAUGACCAGCUGCAACAAAUAGAUCUUGGGAAGCAGAAUGUGCAGCUCACCAUACGGAACAACUUUUUCUUCAGGCAGAGAAAACUGACAAAGUUGGAAAUAAUGGAAGAUGCAGCAGCAUCACGACUGCAGACUGGAGGCUUGACAAACUUGAGGCAGCUUGAGAUACAGACGACCAGCUCUGUCCUGGGGUGCCCUCUUGAUCCAGGACAGGUGAUGGGAGAAAGGAGGACGAUCACCAAGUUGUCCUCCAUGCUGGAAAAUGACUCCCACUAACUGCACUGGAAAGCCCCUUCAGCAACAGACUGCUCCAUCCAAAGUGUGUGAAGGGAGCAGCAUUGCAGGUCCUUCCUUCCUGCUGCUGUCAGACUAUAAAACCAGCACUGCUCCCAGUAGACCACACACAUACGCACCAACUGGACUUAUUUCAAAAGUGCAUUUUUCACAAGCGCAAUUAUCCUCCAUGUGCAAUUGGUUUACAUAUUUUUUUAAUAUUUUUCUAGACUGUUGAAUUGGCACCUUGGAAUGUUACUAAUUUUAUGUUACCAUUUUUUGCACCUUGUUUUUUUUUAUUAUACCUAGCACCUUGUUUUUUUUUUAUCAUUUAAUAUUUUUUUAUAUUUGUAGUUAUUUUUUUGCAACUCCUGAAACCAUAAAUGAGGAAGGUGUCUUUGGAACAGGGACAGGACAUUUUGCUACUGGGAAGUUGCAGCAUUUGUGUGUAGUGUCAGACUAAGAAAAGAGCGAGAGCAGGCUGACUGCUCUCAGAUCAGAUGUUAGUUUGCAGCAGUGUGGUGGGCAGAUCCACACAAUCUGACCGGAGGACAAACACAGUGAAGGAGUUUCACAGUCUGCACGGUAAGACUUCCACUUCAUUAUCACGGUAAACUUUCAAAUAACUAUCUGUGACUCCAUUCAUUUGUUGGCUUCUAUAGUUUCUCACGUUCUGUAGAGUCACUAAAAUACUUGGACUAUUUGUGCAUGUCUCUUCUUGACUCUUGCAUACCCAUUGUGACAAAGUAUUGUGUAAUAAACACUCAGUCUUAC